UUUUUCCAAAUGGUUGGGGAACGCGGGCGAUCCAGCCAGACAAAACCUAUGCCAAUGGAAAUCAGCAGACUAAGAAACGAAUUUUUCGCGCAAGCGACGCGGACUUCUCAAAAGGUUUCACUGGGAUAAGAGUUCGCUGGCGCUCAGACGAUCUCGUGUUCUAAGAACCGUGACUCUCUGGGGAGUUCCUAAGUUAAUAUUGCCUUUCCUCAUCUUUAUGCUGGCUCUCUGCUCGUCUUGCAUGACUUACCAGGUUCCUGUGUAAAGAAGCUUUCUCGUCGGUGUCGUCGCCCCAUGGAGCUGUGCCGAAGCUUCUUCCACUGCGACUGAACGCAUCUGUAAAGUGUUUUUUCUGCGUCGCUUUCCGUUUUCCAUCGAGUCUUUCUCCGCUCCGGAUCUCAGUCUAGCAUAAAAAGAGCCCGAUCUCUCCUUUUGGCGUCUAGGGAGCAAUCUUCUUGCCUCGCCUUGUGUUGUCAUACGCCUUCGCACGUGUCAGACCGAUGAAUGAUACGAAUCUGGUCUGGCUCUUGGCAUGUCGAUGAUCUAAAACCUGUUUGAACAGAAUGGUCUUUGAAUAUGAAAAUCCAGAUGACCCGACGAGAAAAUCAUUUCUGCCUUCGGCAUUUCAGUUAUAAUUAUGUUAAUUCGAAGAAGUCAAAAACAUUAUUAUUCCAAUUUGACCGAUAUAAAAAACCACUAAAUGAAAAUAUAUAUUGGAGAGAAAAUACAUGUAAACAACCGUGUGUGUUAGUUUUUCAAACAUCGAUGUCUUUGAGCACGUAUUUUCCCAGCCUGUAUCAUCAUUCUCCUUCCUGUCUCUCUCUCUCUCUCUGCUUUCUGUCCUCUGUUCUUGGGGCGCCCAACCAGGUUCCAGCGCUUCUCCGAGCUCGCAUGUGCCUGAUUCAGGAAUGAACGAAAGGUAUCCUGCAGUUUUUGCGUCUCUGUGGCCAAGAAAUCUGGCACCCACAGCGAGCACUAUUUUUCAGUGGAAUAUCGUGGAGGAGGCGUUGCAUGAAAGAAACAAGUACCGCCUUCACAGGUUUCUUCGUGACAUAGAAAAGGCGGAGAGUGACCGGAGUUUGGAACGCUGCUUAAGUGUGAUUUUGUCUUCCAAGUUCUUGACCGCCUUUUCUUCGUACGUGCGUUCGUACUUUCCUGCCGACCGCGUGCUGCUCCCGCGGACAAGCCUGCUGAGAUCUCAGUGGAGGGCGAGCACAAUGGAAGCUAACCUUCUCAGGCGCGGCGGCUUCACCGGCGAACAAGCGAAUGCUCUUCUUGACGCAGUCACCCUUGACUUGGUCCAGCACUCGAGUCGGAUGCUUGCUCUGCACCACAGAUCCCCCGUUUCCAUGGCCUUGAAGUUCGCAGCUAUAGUCGAAGGAUUUUACACUGCUAUUAACGCUGGUGACAUUUCACUGCUGUCUGUGUUUCGACGCCACCUCAUGUCCAACCCAGAGCUCCGAAAAGCUUUCUCGAAAAACUCGAAGGUGCUCUCGUUCAUCGACAAACACAGGUCCCCUGAUGCCAGACCUAGGGAUCUCCUUCAACCAUGGGUGCCGCCAGGUGCCGACGCAGCUACACUGGCAGGACUGGAGGACCAGCCGAACCUGCCGAUACAGUGGUCGCGUCUGGAAAGCACCUUUACAGAGUAUUUCAACUCUAUUACACAACCCGGCAGCGGCUUCGACCCGUCGGCCUUCUUGGAUCAUUCCGUUGGUUCUUUCAAUGAGGUUAAAGAGGCACUGAUGCAGCUUUCGAAACAACCUCGGAGACUGAUUACUCUCCACAUUGUGUCGGCGAUCCUCUCUCAAGCAGCUCUUGCACAGUUCCACGUCAGCCGCUUCGACGCCCUUGUCCAGGCGCAGUCUUUUCAAGUGACUCCCCAGUUUGUCACCGCCGCCCUCGGCCGGAACAAGCUUACAGAAACCAUCCGUACAUCAGUUGCGAAAAAACUCGGUAUAACGUUCGAGCCUGAAGUCGUCAAAGAGAUGCUGGAGCAUCUUUUUUGCAAGGCUUCUGGGGGCGCCGUCCUCGAUGUUGUUCACGGUCAGGGUACCGCCACAGGGUCCGUACACGCCCUGAACGAAGUCGACCGCCAAGCAGCUCUCAGCAUGGCGCCUGACUUGUUGGUGCUGCUUUUCGACGUCUGGCUGGCGGAGCGGCCCGAACUCCGAGCACAACUUGCUGAAGACAGCAUGGCGCUGCUGCUUCUCCCUUCGAAUAAUCCGGCGAUCGUGACAAGACGUCUGCUUGUGGCGCGCAACGUUUCGCCGACACAAGAGUUGGACGAAUUCGCAGUCGCCAUGAGUCCACUUGAGGAACUGGCUACCGUCGUCGAGCCGCUAGUGCGUUUCGAGGAGCUCCCUCCCGAUUCAGAGGCAGGCCGGUGGGCCUCCGAGAUGAAGGUAGCAGUAAUCAGGAGGUUGAAGAUUCUGUCAAAGGUGAAGUCUGGAUUUCUCAUGGCUCCUCAGAAAGAGGUCAAGAGACUGCUGCGACAUCUUGUCGUGAAUGAUUUCGCUCUUGGCCAUUACACGUACCUCGCCAAGGCUUACAACAUAUUUGAAAGAGCGCCGGAUCUAAGACCUGUAGUCGCAGACAUGCUGUCCUUUUCGGAGCAUCACUGGCGAAGACUUGGUGUUGAUGGAGAGCUAGCUUUGAGCUUACGUCGGCUUCUGCUUGGUGACCUGGUCGAGGCGUUCUGUGAUUACCACUCCGAUGCGACUAUGGCGCCAAGAACACCGUAUAUGUUGUUUCACUCGGUAUUUGGUGAGGUUGCAGUGUUCGUGAGAAUUUGGGACGUCGUUGACCCGUUACUGGAGUGGGACGAUGCGCAUCCGGGAGUUCUGGAAAGUGUGGCCGUCAAUCAGCCUUCGUUGCUUGUACAAUUCAUCAACGAAACUCGUGGUGCUCUACAGCAGCCGACAGCAUCAAUGGAUUCUGCACAUCCUUCCUCGCCGCCAUCUGAAAGUUCCUCCUCCUCCGAGCAAUCGACACCGUCUCCGGCUAGCUCCCCGGCAACAUCUCAUUUUGACCCUUCCAAGUCUCCUUCAUCUCCUUCAUCCCCUUCAUCCCCUUCAUCCCCUUCAUCCCCUUCAUCCGCCGGUUCCCCGACAGCGUCUCCUUCCCGUACCGGCGGCCGGACAGAAAGUCCUUCUGCUUCUCCGCUGUUGUCUUCAGCAUCUUAUUCUGAAGCUUCUCCUUCCUCUGCCCCGCGGGCGACUUCUUCUCCGUCCUCCACAGGAGAUCCAACGUCGUCGAUUGUCCCUGGAAGUCGUAAAAGGAAGGUUCGUUCUUCUCGGCUAGGUCCUCCGAAGAAAAAGGAGUCUUCUUCCUUGGCGGGCCCUCUGUCCACGACGCCGACGUCUGCCACCAUUCGUAUUGUCUCGACUGGAUCGUCGACUGCGUCUCCGUUGGCCUCGAGCGACACCCCAGGAGUGCCUCCCCCCUCCACCGGGCCUUCUUCAGCUCCUGCUUCCGCCGAUUCCCCGACAGCGUCUCCUUCUUCCCGUACCGGCAGCCGGACAGAAAGUCCUUCUGCUUCUACGCUGUUGACUUCAGCAUCUUAUUCUGCAGCUUCUCCGUCCUCUGCCCCGCGGGCGACUUCUUCUCCGUCCUCCACAGGAGAUCCAACGUCGUCGAUUGUCCCUGGAAGUCGUAAAAGGAAGGUUCGUUCUUCUCGGCUAGGUCCUCCGAAGAAAAAGGAGUCUUCUUCAUUGACAGGCCCUCUGUUCACGACGCCGACGUCUGCCACCAUUCGUAUUGUCUCGACUGGAUCGUCGACUGCGUCUCCGUCGGCCUCGAGCGACACCCCAGGAGUGCCUCCCCCCUCCACCGGGCCUUCUUCAGCUCCUGCUUCCGCCGAUUCCCCGACAGCGUCUCCUUCUUCCCGUACCGGCGGCCGGACAGAAAGUCCUUCUGCUUCUACGCUGUUGACUCCAGCAUCUUAUUCUGCAGCUUCUCCGUCCUCUGCCCCGCGGGCGACUUCGUCUCCGUCCUCCACAGGAGAUCCUACGUCUUCGAUUACCACAGGCAGCCGCAGAAGGAAGGUUCGUUCUUCUCGGCUAGGUCCUCCGCAGAAAAAGGAGUCUUCUUCAUUGACAGGCCCUCUGUUCACGACGCCGACGUCUGCCACCAUUCGUAUUGUCUCGACUGGAUCGUCGACUGCGUCUCCGUCGGCCUCGAGCGACACCCCAGGAGUGCCUCCCCCCUCCACCGGGCCUUCUUCAGCUCCUGCUUCCGCCGAUUCCCCGACAGCGUCUCCUUCUUCCCGUACCGGCGGCCGGACAGAAAGUCCUUCUGCUUCUACGCUGUUGACUCCAGCAUCUUAUUCUGCAGCUUCUCCGUCCUCUGCCCCGCGGGCGACUUCGUCUCCGUCCUCCACAGGAGAUCCUACGUCUUCGAUUACCACAGGCAGCCGCAGAAGGAAGGUUCGUUCUUCUCGGCUAGGUCCUCCGCAGAAAAAGGAGUCUUCUUCAUUGACAGGCCCUCUGUUCACGACGCCGACGUCUGCCACCAUUCGUAUUGUCUCGACUGGAUCGUCGACUGCGUCUCCGUCGGCCUCGAGCGACACCCCAGGAGUGCCUCCCCCCUCCACCGGGCCUUCUUCAGCUCCUGCUUCCGCCGAUUCCCCGACAGCGUCUCCUUCUUCCCGUACCGGCGGCCGGACAGAAAGUCCUUCUGCUUCUACGCUGUUGACUUCAGCAUCUUAUUCUGCAGCUUCUCCGUCCUCUGCCCCGCGGGCGACUUCGUCUCCGUCCUCCACAGGAGAUCCUACGUCUUCCAUUGUCACAGGCAGCCGCAGAAGGAAGGUUCGUUCUUCUCGGCUAGGUCCUCCGCAGAAAAAGGAGUCUUCUUCCUCAACAGGUCCUCUGUCCACGACUUCUUUCGCCUCUUCUGGCUCUUUCUCCCUUCCUGUCCUCAGCGGGUCCCCGACCGAGGAUCAGUCUGUCCCGAUGGGGGUCGCCGCUGUUUCAGAUGAGGACCGGCAACCAUCAGACCAGUCCAGGUCAUCGAGUGGUUCUCCCUCACCUCCGCCGAGCGACAGUCAUCAUGCAUCUUAAAGCGCCUUCUGUAAGCAGCAGGCAAGGUUGUACACUCGUGGACGCUGUUCGAUCAACAGUGCUGACGUAGAGGUGCGCAUCUCAGUACCAUUCGAGUGUUCAACAUAUUUUUUGCGGUGAUGCACUUGCAACGGCCAAGCCAUUGCCAAUCAGGGGAAGGCGUUCCAUCCGGAGCAGGCCGGUUCAACCAAACAUAAAGGGGUCCGGCCCCUACAGCGGCGCACACCCUGUCUCGGGUCUCGCACCCUCAGAGUUGCCUUUUCCCAGCAUUUGUUUAUGGGGAAUGCUGAAUCUUUAGCAUGAGCCAUUGAUUAGUCUCACAAGCGGCGUCUGGUUUGAUCGAAUUGUCACACCCAGAUAACUUCAUUCCAGUCGACCACUUCGUAACAUACUUUCGAAUCGUACCGGUAUUCCCUAGCAUCUCCUCUUCAGCACGAUCUUCCUCGAGUAGCAAAGGCUGAAUACUGUAAAAUGAGAGCAAGGUGACGGUGGUGGUUAUGUUCCUGGUGUCUGGCAGUCGAGAUGGAAUAAACGGCUUCACAGUAAUGGCAUAGGGGGGAAAUUAUUUUGGCAAGUUACGUGAAGGGAAUGUCUCCUACUCAUCGCGGAGCGUCUCGUCAAAGUUGGAGGCCUCGGUGCCUCCAUACCAGACAGCUGAAGUGCCAAACGUGCUCGAAAAGCUGUUUCUACGGCUGGACAAAUCAAAUUUCUAUAUGGGCAAGAUGGAGACAUUCCCAAGAACAGGGAAUUUUGUGAGUGCAAAGAGAGUUCAAGAGAGUGCUAGUACAUACGAAGUUGUGCUAAGUUCAGGCGAAAUCUGUCGCACGUCCGUCAUGCCUACGAACUGGGGUGCUUUGACAUUGAAAGAGUUUUGUGUUUGUGAAAUUAGAUGUGGUGAUUAUCUUCCAUAUGUAACUAGUAAAGUCUGGAAAUAGAUGUUUGCGUUUUCUAACGGUAUUUUUCCAUGUGCCCAAGUUUUGGUAUCGGAUAUGUGAAUGUGUCAAGAGGUGUAGAACAGAGGUGUGCAGCCGUUCGGUUAUGUCAGACACCUGGUCUGGUAGAUCCAGAUUAUCGGUGUGAGUGAAGGUUUGAAAUGAUGGGGAAGGGCAGUGUGAAGGCGAAGUCCUUCUCCCCUGUGGAGAAUAUUCUUUUGAUUUGUUUUCCGUCACCGUGGCAUAUAGUCGCCUUCACCGUUAGAUCUCAUGGCAUUGUAAGGUUGCCGCUGAUGACGGCAGUGCUUAAUCCUUACCCAUGUGCAAUGUCUCUUACAAAGCCUUGCCCGUACUAUAGGCCAUGCCGUCCACUGUCAGCUUCAGUUGUCUCUGACUUUGACUCUGGGCCAACGCUUCAACAACGAAAUGUCAGCCACGUGUGAGUCCACCAUCGCCAAUUUUGCACACCUCAGGUUACCACACCCAUCUUGAAUGGUGUACAUUAUGGCCGCAAUUAUAAUUUUCGAACUACUGUGUGAGGUUGGUGUCUGCUGUACCAUUCGUGCUAUUUACAAAGGGACAAGCGUUGUUGCGGGCCCCGAUGCCGAGUUCCGAACAAUAUCUAGAAAUAUACACCCAAAACCCCCACUCCAGCUUCUGGCAAUGAAACAUCUAAACCCUGAGCAGAUGCGGUGCGUG